AUGUGGGUGGAGGGAUUGGUGGCGUGCGUAGACGAGCGAGGGUUUAGGCCCACGCCGAAGGCCGCUGCCCCAUUCCAGAAGGAGACUCGACAUUGUGGCCCUCUCGGAGGGGAGGGCUUCAAGGUCGAUGAUGAGCGUCGCACCGCCUCAGGCUGGUUGACAGAGCAGGGAAAAGACGCCGGUCCCCUUGGUGGAGGGAUCACAGCCCUGAGUGGGUCCUCUCGGGAAGCUGCGUAUCGACUCCAACACCUCCACUUUUUGUCCGGUGCUUCCUUCUUCUCACUCAACGAACAAGACAAGGUGUCGAAGGUUGGUCACAGGAAAGGAAAAGAGGGGAGGAAAACACAAGUGUUGUUUAUUAGUGAAGAGAAAGGAAGUGCAACAAGGUCAGGGCUAUUGGGGCUGGAGACCUGCACAGAAGGAACACCAAGUGAAUCCCGCCAGGGGCCUCAUGGAGGAGAGGCGGCUGUGUGGAGGGUUACGUAA